AGCUGGAGCCUCAGCCCUAAGUCGCCGCUGUGGGAACCAGACCCGCCCCGCACUGCCCUGCUCCGUGAACCCGCUGCGCCUCCUGCCGCCCACCGCCAGGUCCAGGGCUUCCGCGGCGCUGCCAGGGAGGGAGCCGCUUGUCCUCACCCGGAGUCCCAGAUGGCUUCAGUGACUGAUGGGAAAGCCGGUGUCAAAGAUGCUUCUGACCAGAAUUUUGACUAUAUGUUCAAACUGCUCAUCAUCGGCAACAGCAGUGUUGGCAAAACUUCCUUCCUCUUCCGCUAUGCCGAUGACACCUUCACCCCAGCCUUCGUCAGCACCGUGGGCAUCGACUUUAAGGUGAAGACUGUCUAUCGCCAAGAGAAGCGUGUGAAGCUUCAGAUUUGGGACACGGCUGGGCAGGAGCGGUACCGGACCAUCACCACAGCCUAUUACCGUGGAGCCAUGGGCUUCAUUCUGAUGUAUGACAUCACCAAUGAGGAAUCCUUCAAUGCCGUCCAAGACUGGGCUACUCAGAUCAAGACCUACUCCUGGGACAAUGCGCAGGUCAUCCUGGUGGGGAACAAGUGUGACAUGGAGGAAGAGAGGGUUGUUCCUACUGAGAAGGGCCGGCUCCUCGCAGAGCAGCUUGGGUUUGACUUCUUUGAAGCCAGCGCCAAGGAGAACAUCAGCGUGAGGCAGGCCUUUGAGCGCCUGGUGGAUGCCAUUUGCGACAAGAUGUCUGAUACUCUGGACACGGACCCCUCCGUGCUGGGCACCUCCAAGAACACCCGUCUCUCGGACACCCCGCCACUGCUGCAGCAGAACUGCUCGUGCUAGGCAAGGCCCACCUCCUGAUCUCCCUUCCUUGUGGCCCCACACCCACUCUGCUUCCCCAUUACAUCCGCAGCUGAGCUGCUGCUGUUCUUUGCCUGCAGUGGAGAAGAAGCCUGCCCCCGGGUUCUCUACACAUGGCCCCACUUUACAGACACUCAGCACCGGAGGAACUAGGUCCCAAGGUGGGUGGAGAUUCCCUUUACAAAGGAGACUCCACUUGACAAAGGGGAUUCACUAGAGGGACUUGGAAAAGCCAGUCUCUUUUCUGCCUUUAAUGUAAGAUCUCCUCCAUUGACCAAAAUUUGACACACCCGCACAUACUUUUUAUUUAGGGCCUGGCCAACUGUGUCAAGUUAGACAUACCUGCUUAGCUAAUCUCUUCACAGAAAACCCCUCCGCACACAACAUGCUUGUGUCCUCUCAGGCUCCCUGUGGGGCUUCCUCUCACCACAGUCAAGCUUUGUUUCUCAAAGGCCUCACCUGUUACCACGGAUGCCCACAAGGCCUGGACAGUUGCUGUGGCGACAGGCUAGCACUAAUCUCCAGAGAGCUCAGACUUUCUAAAUGAUGCUGAAGGAGCAAAGGCUGAGUCAGAAACACACUUAAAAGAAAAAGAGUAUCCCCUGCAAAAUGUCAAAGGUUCCUGCUUUAUGAAAGAGCAAGCGAGUGAGCUCAAGAAAGACAGAAAAAAAAGAGAUAAAGAAAAAGUCACAGAUUUGUGAUUUUGCUGCUCUCCAGUGGGUUCUUAACUGUGGGAACUCCAUGACAUUGGUUAUGGGUUCUUAGACUCUCAGAAUCUGAAAAUUUACAAUUGGUGGGAUCCCAAAGUUUACCAAGUCUCACUAGUGAAUUGAGAUCUUAAUAUCUCUGACAAGUGGCUGUCAAACUUCACAGCCAAAUCUAUUUAUUUCUUCUAAAAUAUACCUUCUAGGCAGGGCUGGGAGCUCAUUUUCCACACCAUCUUUGGGCAGCUCUCAUCAUCAGAAAGUUUUCCCUGCUUUAAGCUGAAUUCUCCCUCCUGGAAAUUCUUCUUCCUUUUCCCACCCCAUUUGUGCCAGCUCUGCUGUCAGAGAGCUCCCAGUCUCUACUCUCUCUGCCCUGUGGCAGCCUUAGAUGACUUGAAAUCAUGAGAUCUGGGCUCUUCCCUUCUCUAAGUCAAAUAGUUCUAAUCCCCAUCUUCUCCUCAGUCUCCCUUUCCACCAACCCAGCUCUCAAUCAGUCCUGAAUAACCCAACUGGGAAGUAAUGAUUCAAAGCAGGAUAAAUUUAAGGCGGCAUGACCCUGAAAAAAUUGUGAAAAGUGAACUCAGAGGUCCCAAUCCCAACCUUAUUCUCCUGAGAGAGAAACCUGAGUUUCUACCAAAGUACAGAUGUGAAACCACUUCUGGUGGAAGCCACUUAAUUAAACACUCAAAGAAACAAAACCCAAAGAAGCCCUCUAACACCAGAAACAAUCUGAAUGCAUGAGCUCAUGAUUCUAGCUUGUUUGGACAUAGGGACGUAUUUGUUUUUUAACUGAAAUAAUGACAUGGACCUAGCAAUGAUUCCUGAAAAUCUUUUCUCCCAGCCCUGGCCUGAAUGCCUGCUGCCCCCUGCACUAACAUGCCACCCUAGAAAUCACUGGGGAAAUAGGGAGACUCUCUCCCAAGUUUUCUCCUUAUUUCAAAUGCAGCCCAUUGUCCUAGGAAAGAGUAUUGACUAGCAACAAGUCCCACAACUACAUAAAAGGACCCUUUAGAGUCAGCUCUGUGGAGUGCAGAGGACAAGAGCUUUGGGCUUGGAAUCAGGAAACUCAGACUCUUCGCUUAAAUCAAGUGUGACUCUGGACCGGUUACUCUCUAUCACUGAGUCUUGAGUCACUGCUUAUAAAUGAAGGGGACUCUUUGGUUAAUCUGUUAGGUCCCUUCCGGCACUAAUAACUCUGAGACUUUUUCUUCACCUUCAUCAUUUCAGUUGAUCUGCCAAAUAAACCCCAAAGAUGAGGAUUAUCACCCCAAUAUCAUUGUAGCUAACACUGAUGUCAUGCUUACUCAAUACUAGUCACUGUUCCAAGCACUUAACACAAGUUAACCCAUUUACCUUUCCAAAAUCUUUGUGUGGGAAGCACUAUAAUCAACCUCAUUUAAAGACAAGGAAAUAAUGAACAAAGAGGUUCUCUAGCUUGCCUAAGGCCACAUAAUGAGUAAAUGGUAGAGCUGGGAUUCGAACCCACACAGUAAGCUCCAAGGUCUGUGCUCUUCACCACAGUCUCUCCUCCAUUCCUUAGCGAUAAACUGUGAUCCAAAGAGGUUGAGGGACUUGGCCAAGGUCACAUAACCUACAAGUGGAGAGCCACAGUAGAAUUCAAUCCCCAGGCCAUCAGAUUCCAAGUCCACAGGAGAAAUGAUUUAUAUCUGCAAUCUAUUGAUAAAUUAUUUGGCUGUUCAGACUAAUCUGUGGUGAUAUAUGUCUAAUGCUUCUAGGAAGGCGUCUCUGAGGCAAUCAGGUCCUCUAGGGGCCUGAGCAAAAAACACCCAAUGUUUCUGAAGUCCAAGUGCUAGCUUUCCCUACUUUUCUAAGUAUCUGCUCUCCAGGCUCUGAAGCAGUGCUGAAGCAGUGCUGCAAGCAGCCUCCCUGCAUCAGCAAUGGGGAAUAUCAGGGGCAUAACUUAGUAAAGUUCUCUGGCUGUGGAAGAAUGUGGUCCCCUCCCAAGACGGUGGUUCUGGCUGUGCUUUUUACACUGUGGAGUCCCAUAUGGGUCAAGGAUAAUUACUGUUUUUCUGGGCAGUAAUACCCAUCUAUCCAAGUACUAGGAUUUCAGACCAAGAUUCUCAUAAUCCCUCGAUAUAUUAGUACGUAUAUCCAGUAAUCUUUUCUCUCCCACUGAGUAUUCCAGCAAAAAUUGAAAUUUUUACUUAAAAAUUCUUUAACACGCAAGAACCAGUUCAGGGGAACAAGCAUCUUCACAGCAGGUGGAAUCAAGAGUUAAAUGUAAUAGUGGAAAGCUCUUCUACUGGGCAACGAACAGAACUGCUCGUUGGAUGGCAGUUCCCCAGCCCUUCUGUGUGACCUCAUUUCUGCUGAGUGGAAGGCAGCAGCUUCCAGCUGAUUGCGGUAAAUGUUCAUCAGUCAUGGUAAUAGUGCAAUUAGCUACCAGGGUUCAAGCUGCAUAAUAUGUGUUAGUGGCAACAUGUCCCAGUUUUCAUCUUGCUUAACAAUCCAAAUAAAAGAAGAUUAAAAAAAAAAAAAAACCUCUUGACCUCUAAAAAGACAAAAGUAGGCCCAAAGUGCAAUACAGUAUUGUAGCUAUUUACAGACUCUGUUUUAAAUGCAUGUGUAUCUGUAAAUACAACAUGAUUCGUGACUUAUUACUGACUCCUUAGUCUGUAGCAUUAACUUCCAGGAGCAGCAAUGCGGUAGAGUCUACUGAAUGGUCACAGAUUAAUUAAAUGUUAGAUCUGGAAGGGAGCUUAGAGGAAAUCUUGUCCAAGCUCCUUAUUGUACAAAAAGGAAGGCUGAGGUCCAGGGAGGGGGAAGAAAUUUUCUAAGAUCACCCUGAGAGUGGAUUAGUGAUGGAGACAGGAUCCGGUCUUGGAUCAGCUCUAGGAAGAAAUUCACCUAGUCUGUAUCUACUGUGGGUCUGGCAUAUAUGUGUGUGUGUGUGUAUAUAUAUAUAUAUAUAUAUAUAUGAAAACAAAUGAUCCCUGCCUGCAGGUACCUAUAGUCUAAUGGAGGUACUGUUUCUGAAAUAUCAUUAUUCUAAUUUGGCAAGCAUGGUAACAUAGCCUUGAAAACGUUAACAUGCCUAAGUCACUCAGUAUCAUUUGAACCCACCUCUGUCUGACUCCUGUUCUUUCACUUUUCUUCUUCAAUUGUGUAUUUGGGGUGUUGAUAGUGACAGACUUUCAAGGAUUGUCCAAAUUAAUUAAACAGCCUCACUUGGGA